CUGGCUUGUACAUGUGUUUUUGUUGAUCUGGCUUUGUUAUUUUGUUAUUUUAUAAAUUAAAAUCAUUUUCCAGCUAAGAAAUGAGUGAUCAUAAGGAUGAGACUGUAGUCUGUCUCCCAGGAGAACGACUUUGCAGGACGGAGGACAAUAUAGUCUUGGGCAUCGGUACCUACGAACAGAAUGGCUACAUCUACGCCUCCAAGUCGGGUAUUGUGAAUAUUGAAGAUUCCGGGGAAAACUGUCAGUUGGUCAGUGUGCACAAACCAGGCUUCCACCUAACCAUACCAGCCACUGGAGACGUGGUAACAGCUAGAGUUCUUGUCACAACUCCCAAAUUUGUCAAGUGCUCAAUUUUUUGUGUGCGAAAUGUUCUUCUGGAGAGCAGCUACCGUGGACUUCUGCGCAAGGAGGAUGUACGAGAGACGGAGAAAGAUCGCGUGGACAUCUACAAGUCCUUUAAGCCGGGCGAUGUCAUCCUUGCCAGAGUCAUCAACCAACUAGAACAGUCCUUCCUCCUGACCACCGCUGAAAGUGAGCUCGGCGUGGUUAUUGCAUAUGCCAGCGAUUUCCGGAAGACCCGAAUACCAAUGGUUCCGGUCGGCUGGAGCGAAAUGCAGUGCCCUCAGACCACGAUCAAGGAGCCACGCAAAGUGGCUAAAGUCCUGCCAGAGAGUUCAAUAAAUGCUGUGAAAUAAGGCUAAUUACAAA